AGUCAUGUGAGUGAGUCUUAUGCACCUUUGUAUCCCCGCAGGACUUUGUGUGGUGCUUGGCACAUCAUGGGUGCUCAAGCAGCAUUGAUGGCACUGAAUGGACCCAAAGAGACACCUACAAAGGCACCGCCUCUGACUGGUGGGGAUUGACAUCCACCCCGAGGCGAUGACAAGCUACUCUGGUCAGGGCUGGAGAGGUUGUCCUGUCAUAAAGCCCCCAAAGACAUGAUGUCACACACAGACACCACUUGUGAAAGGGAGGGGCUGUGUGCUGGACUCCUGGGUGUAGCUGUGCUUCAGUGCCCUUCUCAGUGUGGGAGCCGGACGGGAGGCGAACAGGCUUCCUGCGCACUGAUACGGUCAAAGGAUACUCGGCAGAUCGCUCACAUCCUCAAGGUUGGUAGAUCUGACUGAAAAUGGUGUUUGGUCUGUGCAGCCAGAGAGAGAGGCUCUAUAGUCUCCUCUAUGCAAUACAAAUCUUCAUUCUUACAGGCGUGGCAUACUACUAUUUUCAGGGGUCUGUGGGGAAAACAGCCCCUGCCCAUGAGAUUGCUGUGGAGUCAUCACAGCCCAUCGGGGAGACCUUAAGGCCAGUGUGGGGGCCGAUGGAUAAGUGCUACCCCGUGACCACUCAGAGACGCAGAGUCAGGAGUGGGAAGAAGCAUGACUCUGAGGCCGUGACUCCCAAGGCAGCGGGAGGACCGAACGAUGCUGCCUCCAAGGAGGAGACUGCUGUCUUGUCUAGGGAGGAGGUGGGGCCCCCGGGGGAGGAAGCAGCCAGCCUCAUUCCUGGUGCAAAGGGGGUGACGGAGAAGGAAGAGGUGGCAGGAACCCCAGGAUGGCAGGAGAACAAGAAGGCCCAAAAGGAGUUGGCCGUGUAUGUUUCUGAGGCUUCCGAGGUGGACAUCAUGGAGGAAAGGCCCGGGGGCUGGGUCCCCCAGCUCUUGAGGAAGCUCUGGCUGGGCUGGUUCCCCGCCUCUGACAUCCCGAAGACUCAGAGCCACGAGUGACACUGUGUCCAAUAAAACCACAGCUGAUGCUUCUGCA